AUGACCAAUUCUCAAGAACUAACGGAACAACUCAAAGAAAUGGCCCAAAAAAUAUUCGUAAUAAUUUUCUGCUUCACUGUACCAUUAAGUGAAGCAUUACGAUUUUUAGUAUUUGUGCCUGUAUAUACUAAAAGCCAUAGCAUUUUGGGGCAUGCCCUAGUUGACCACCUUCUGGCUUCUGGACAUGAGGUUGUUCAUAUAACUUCACAUCCGAAGAGAAAACCAGUGCCAUAUUUACGAGAAAUCAAUGUUCUUGAUAUAUCUAUGAAGAUAAUUUCAAAGUAUCGUACUGAUGAUGUCCUAAACAUCAAAAAUAUUGUAAGCAAAGGCUCCAAUCCUCUGUUCUUUAUAACUGUUGUCCAUGAAAUGCAUAAGCAAGUAUUUGAAGAUCCAGAAAUUAUUGAGUUCUUCAGCGAUCCCAAUCAGAAGUUCGACGGAGUUAUUGUGGAAUGGCUUUUCUCGAAUUUUGUUGCAGGGAUUGCUCCACUAUUUAAAUGCCCAUUGAUAUGGCUAGCAACAACACAGGCGCACUGGCAAGUCUUGGAUUUAGUUGACGAGAUUCCAAACCCAGCAUUCAGUGCUGACAUAUUUUCAUCAAACAUACCUCCUUUUAGCUCUUGGCAGAGGCUUGAAGAGUUAUGGGCUAUUGUCAAACGGUCUAUUGAAUUCAGAUAUUUCAUCACACCAGUGGAGAAAGAAAUUUUCGAUUCAUCACUAAGAAAACUAGCGAAGAAACGAGGACUAACUAUGCCCUCAUAUGAAGAAGCAAUUUAUAACGGAUCUUUGCUGUUAAUAAACUCCCAUCCAUCUAUCAGCCAGCCAUACAGAUUGCCCCAGAAUGCCAAAUAUGUCGCUGGUUUUCAUAUAGAUGCAAAUGUGAAACCAUUGCCAUUGGAUCUUCAGCAUUUGAUGGACAAAGCCAAGUACGGUGUUAUCUACUUUAGUAUGGGUUCGCACACACCAAGUGUGUAUAUGAGUGAUUACAUGAAAAAUUCACUUGUGAUUAUGUUUUCGAAAUUACGGGAAACAGUGAUUUGGAAAUUUGAAGGCGAUAUGCAAAAUAUUCCUGACAAUGUUCAUCUGGUGAAAUGGGCACCCCAGCAAAGUAUUUUAGCGCAUCCCAACCUAAAACUCUUUAUAACCCAUGGUGGCCAAUUGUCUACGACUGAAGCGAUACACUUUGGCGUACCAGUUAUUGGUAUUCCUACUCUAGGAGACCAGUAUAUUAAUAUGAGAACUGUUACACAAAAGGGCUUCGGUGUGACUGUAAAUUUGGCUGAAAAUAUGGUGACAGACUUAUACAAAGCAAUCAAGGAGGUUUCAGCUAAUCCUACUUAUAAAAGAAAAGCAAAAGAACUGUCAAAAAUUUACCACGAUCGUCCAUUAAGUCCAAAAAGCGAGAUACUAUUUUGGAUUGAGCACGUUGUCAAAACCAAAGGUGCACUGCACUUGCGAUCUCCGGCAUUGCAAGUUCCUUUAUAUAAAAAAUUAUAUGUUGACCUUUUGGUUAUAGAAUUUUAA